AUGAUUCUGCAGGAAAAUAUCACGCUAUGUGAAGAAUCAAUAGACCGGCUGAAGGGCAGCCAGACUCAGUUGGAGAAGAAGCUUGACACAGUGGUCAAGGAGAAGGCUGUGCAAGACAGACUGAUUCGCGAGACGCAAGAUGCUCUCCUGGACAAAGUGUCUUUGGCGGAGCUCAAUAUGUUCGAGGCCAAAUUUGCGGGAUACACCACAAAGUUGGAACACCAGCAAAUUUUGAACGCCCUGAGUGACUACGCAACUAUCGACGUUGCCGAACGGAUCGCGGAGAAUAUGAAGGUGCUCUCGACUCGCUUUGACGACUACACCCGGACAGCCAAGCUCGAGCAGCAGCUCCAGGAAGUCCGCGACUGGGUCGGCGACGAACUUCAGAAUUAUGCCAAAGUUGCUCAGACCACGACGCGGAUCGAAGAGCUCGCUGUAAACAUCAAAGAGCAGUCCCAACUGUUCGACAGCGUCUAUGCAACGAACAACGACCAGCUAAGAGGCUUGUCGGAUCGCCUCACAUCGAUGUACUCUGAAUUGGCUAAUGAUUUGCAGCAGCGAGCGAUGUACGAUGACUUGCAAGAGACGAAGAACAGUCUGAAGAAAUAUGCACUCCGUGCAGAGACAGAUGCAUUUCAGCAGGACUGUGUGCCCAAGCUGAAAUUCUGUGUGGAUUCCAUCCAAGCCUUUGACGAGCGCUUGAGGGCGCAGGACGAUGCUAUCCAACGCGUGGAUGAAGUGCUCCUUGAUAAGGCUGGAAAGUACGACAUCGUCAUCAUAAACUCCAAGAUCGAGCAGUGUGUUCAAAAGGAAGCUGCAAUGAAAGAAUUUCAUACGCUCUAUGACAAGCUCGAUCGAUUCAACAAGAGGUUCGAGGACUACGUAGAGCAGGAAAGCAAGCGAUUAGACGACUUCCGACCUCCAGACUACGGGCCCAAAUUUGAGGAACUUAAUCAGAAAGUUGCCCUGAAGGCUGACAAAGCGGACUUGGUGGAAAUGUACCAGUUGAAGGCCAAUCGGAUAGAUGCAGACGAGCUGGCCAAGCUUCAGGAUACGAUUCACAGACAGCUCGAGUAUCUUUCAGUGACGACCUUCGGACUUUGUAAGUUGUGCCUUGCAGAGGUCAAGCAGGGUGAAUCAAAGACCUUGCGAAUGCAGCAGCGCACUCAAGUGCUCAUGCAGAGUGAGGCUUUAUGGCACUGGAUCUUGCAUAACGAACCGCCGCCGAAUCUGGAUACAUUAAGACCGCCUCCGCUUCGAGCAGGCAACGAUGGCAACAGCAAUGUGGAUACUGUCAAAGCUGAGCACAUCGACAGACAGAAGCGAACCAUGGAUGAUCACAAGAGGAAUUCUGCUUUCAAGUGUGCCAAAGCUGCCAAAGCUCUUGAGAAUAGAAAGACCCAAGCUGCUACUUACAAGCCCAAUAUCGAGUCAAGAGUCACGCCCUCGAUUAAAGUAAGAGGCGAAGCUGCCAUGUCGCCUGCACAGUCCAAGCAGGCUGAGAGCAACAGUGACAGCCUCGAACGGACAGGUGUGCACGUUGUGAUGCUCAUGACAAGACGGAAGCACAUUGAGCAUGCAGAUUCUUGGCUAGGCGUUCGGUCAGCCUGUGAGCGUCUGCUGGCAGAGAGGGGAAUUGCGUUGAAGGGGGAGAUGCAAAUGUACAUAUGCUGCUUACUACCUCGGUUUUGGCCUCUCAGAUUGAUUUGGCGCUACCGCAUGCGACAUUGGAUGAAGUUGCUCCAAGAAGAGGAGCACACGCAGGUCCACAUUUUGUCAUGCACGACAUGGGCGAGUGUUUUUUUUGGCAAAAUGCAAAUUCACAAUGAUGGAAGAGCUCACACUAUGGUAAUCCGAAAUGAUGGUGAGAUUCUGUGGGCUGGACAUGAUCGAUUUCAGGAGAAGUUUCAAGAAAGGGAAAUGGUGAACGUCUUUAAGGAAGAGUCUCAGCAAGGAGCUCAGCUGUCAUGGCAACAGCAGAAGAGCACGACAAUUGGGGAUCGAGCUCCAGAUUUUGCUGAAGACAACCAGUUGUGUUCACUACAGAGCUCCUUGCACUGGACAUUACCUCAGGUUUUGCUUUGCAUUGAAACAGCUCUGAUCGCCAGAUUGGCAUGGCGUUUACGAGCUGCAGCUGACAGAUGCAAUCUGCUGGAGGAGUGCUUGAAACUGAGAGAGUACAAUGAGGCUCUCAAUAAGGCUGCUUGGAGAGGCUGCCUUGACCAUACGGUGCCUCAGGGGAAUGUUGCUGGCUUGGCGAAGGCGAACACAGAGGCUUUCUUCAAGACACCCUUGGCAGGGCCACAAAAGCCUGUUGAGAAGUAUCAGCGGAUGCAGCCCAUGUUUGGUCGGCAUUCUUACCUGCACUUGCUCUACCAGUUGCUACCUUCGCACGAAGGAGACGCAGAGCAGUUGCUGCGCGAGCUGAAGCAGCCGCCUGCGGUGCGAAGUGGAUCCCUGGAGUUUCCCAAUUCCUUCGUCUUUGGGGUAGCUACAUCUGCGUAUCAAAUUGAGGGCGCAGCGGCUCUUGAUGGUAGAGAGGCCUCCAUUUGGGACACCUUUAGCCAAGCCGAUGGAAAUACCAGUGGUGGUGCGACUGGCGAAGUUGCUUGUGACCACUAUCAUCUAUUUCAGGAGGAUGUGCGCUUGAUGGCCGAACUCGAAGUGAAGGCCUACAGGUUCUCCAUCUCCUGGAGCCGCAUUUUGCUGGGCAGCGGGGAGGUCAACCAGGAAGGAAUCAACUUCUAUUCGGAGCUGAUUGACAGUUUGCUUGAAGCAGGCAUCGAGCCGUGGGUAACACUAUAUCACUGGGAUUUGCCAGAGGUGCUGCACGCAAAAGGUGGCUGGUUGUCCAAGGAAUUGAUCACUGGGGCUUUUGGAAACUACGCUCGGACAUGCUUCCAGCAUUUUGGUGACCGAGUGAAGCACUGGAUUACUCUCAAUGAGCCCUGGUGCAGUGCCGUCUUGGGCUACAACACAGGAGACCAUGCACCAGGUCAUACCCAUGACAAAGACUGUGAGCCAUAUAUUGCAGGCCACAACAUGCUUUUGGCACAUGCGGAAGCCGUCAGAAUCUACCGAGAGGACUUUGCAAAGCAGGGCGGCAAGGUGGGUAUUUCAUUAAAUGCUGAUUGGCGACAAGCGGACACCGAAAGUGAGGAGGACAAGCUUGCUGCAAGCCGUGCGAUGGAAUUCUCGCUUGGAUGGUUUGCGGAGCCUAUCUAUCUUGGGGACUAUCCAAAGUGCAUGAAAGAAGUUUGCAAAGAUCGGCUGCCAGAGUUCUCAGAACUGGAGAAACAGAUGCUCAUGGGAUCAAGUGACUUUUUUGGUCUGAACAGCUACAGUGGGAACUUUGCAAAAGCACCAAAGCAGCCAUUCCAGGGGAUUGGAUACUGGGAAGACAUUGGUGUUGAAUGGUGGCAUACGGACCACAAUUGGGAGAGAACUGACAUGGGAUGGCCAGUGGUUCCUUGGUCGCUUCGAGAGAUCUUGCUCUAUGUCCAGGAGAAGUAUAAUCCUGCAGGUGGCAUUGUUAUAACCGAGAAUGGUUGUGCAUGUGAAUCUGAAGAUUCUGCAGAGCUGGACAAGAGGCCUGGUGCCCUGGUUCCUUGCCAAUGGGAUAGUCGAAGGCAGAAUAAUUUGGAUGCAACAUUUGAUGACUCAGAGCGCGUUCGAUUCUUCAGGGCUCACUUGAGCGCUGUCCACGCUGCGGUUGAGCGUGGUGCAAAGGUAUGGGGAUACUUUGCCUGGUCCUUUCUGGAUAACUUUGAAUGGGCCGAAGGUUAUGAGAAGCGCUUUGGAAUUGUCAGAGUGAACUUCAUGACUCAGGAGAGAACCGUCAAGUCAUCUGGCCGCUUCCUGGCGAGUGUCUUCAAGGCCAAGUGUCUUGAAGCCCCUGGCAAGGAGGCGCUGCAGAAUUCUCUUGUCGCUGUUUUUGCAGUCGCAUUGUCCGACAUUAUCAGCGCUUUCAGGAGCAGUAUUCUGGGCGAACCUUCUGAUGCGAGGAACAAAAAGUUGCCCACAUGCAGCUUAGAAGCAGUGCCCAGUAUGCAGCAAAAACUCCGUGAAGCUCAGGAAGGGCUAGAGAAGGCUCGAAGUCAACGGAGCGCUCAAAGGCUUGACAUCCUUGCGUUAGCACACGGGCCGCUGUCUGGGACUUCUUGGCAGAUAUUUACGCGAUGGGCAGAUUAUGUUUCAUCUGCACACAGCCACAGAAGACAGGUGAAGUUGCUGCUCUUCGCGAAAAAAUCAUGCCUUCUGCAGGACAUUUUCAAUUCAUGGCACGCGACCCUGAGGUGCAACAGAAGGAAGCCAAAAUUGACUUUCAGCAUUGUGGAUUCCCGCUCCGAACAAGUUGCAAGACGCACAACGAGCAGGCUUUCGAUGUUUUUCGAUGCUUGGCGUCAUGUUGCGGCUUUCAACGAAAAGACUCAGGCAGCAGCAACCUUCCAGAAUGUUUUUCCUACAAGGACAGCCUCAUUCUGUAUCCAGCACCAAAGAAGAGUUCAGCUCGCUGAGAGCUUGUGGACGUGGCGGAAUUUUGCUAGCAGAGAAGCUCAAGAGGAAGAACAUGCAAGCAUCUGCCACACUUGCGAGAGCCAAGAGGCAAUGGCUUCCAGGAGGCAGUUGGCUGACCUGCGAGGGACCUCUAUCUGUCAGGAUGCAUGGAAAUGGAAUUUGCUCCGAACAAGUUUAAGCAGCUGGAUUUGGAGCUCCAUCAGCUCCAGAUUGCGGGAAAGGUGUGAGUCUUUGCAGGAGGUUCAGAGACUAAGUUUGACCUUAGCUGCUGCCGAAGGACAAGAGCGCAGCGUCAAAAUGGCUUUGGGAGCUUUGGCCUGUGCUUCGUCUCUCAGGCGACUCUUGUGCAGACGGCAGCACAUUGCUUUCAAACAUUGGCGUUCACGGCAGGCCAGCCAUGGCAUCUUUGUGGAGCUUGAGGCGGCCAAAAGCUCUGCCGCUCUCCUAUCACUCAACAGACAAUGCCUUGAGGACUGGCCGGGUUUGUAG